AUGUUUGAUGUUGCUGAACGUCUUUGGGAUCUGCAGACAGUGCGGAUGGAACGGCAGUGGAAUGAACCAACAGGCUUCGAAGAUCAAGAGGACGUUUUAGAGGCCGUUCUACAAAUUCUGCAUGGCCGUAGGGCCACAGUGGAGACGGAUGGCAAGUCUCGGAAGCGCAAGGGUGCUUUGGAUGAUGCCGACAAGGCCUUUCUACGUGGUCUCAUGCGAAGGUAUGGCUUGGAACUGAUAGAUCAUCCGGAAAAGCC